GUGAGACGAAACAACGUUUAGGUGCCCUUGCCUCGUUUGCACCAUCCUCUCUCCUCCAUCAUCAUAACAAAUCCACAAAAGAAUAAAUCAUUACACUCUGAUUGUUGAUUCAACGCAUCUGCUUACCCAUUCUCUCAACAACAGUAAUCAAAAUUCUUAAUCUUAAUCCGAAUCCUCUGUUCUGCUAUUUUGGUACAAGAUCCUCUGUUCUGCUAUUCAGUGUUUGUUGGAUGAAGAGAAGAAAAAGAAGCUGAAAAUUGUUAAUAUAAAGUUUCAUGGGCAAUUCAUGUCGUGGUUCUUUCAAGGACAAAGUCUGCGAGGGUAAUAAUAGUCGUCCCGAGGAAAAUUCAAGAACCACCACCUACGAGCAUUCUCCGACCGCAGAACAAGACUUCCCCAAAGAAGAUUCGAACAACAAUCCAGCUCCUGUAAAAGAACCUUUUAUACGGCGUAACAUGGACAAUCAAGCUUACUACGUUCUUGGCCACAAGACUCCUAACAUCCGCGAUCUAUACACCUUGAGCCGCAAGUUAGGACAAGGACAAUUCGGGACGACGUAUCUUUGCACCGAGGUCGCCACAGGUGUUGACUACGCUUGUAAAUCUAUAUCCAAGAGGAAACUGAUCUCCAAGGAAGAUGUUGAGGAUGUUAGGAGGGAGAUUCAGAUAAUGCACCAUUUGGCGGGUCACAAGAACAUUGUUACGAUCAAAGGAGCUUAUGAGGAGCCUUUGUAUGUUCACAUUGUGAUGGAGGUAUGUGCUGGUGGUGAGUUGUUUGAUAGGAUUAUUCAGAGAGGGCAUUACAGCGAGAGGAAAGCUGCCGAGCUGACCAAGAUUGUUGUCGGUGUUGUUGAGGCGUGCCAUUCUCUUGGUGUCAUGCAUAGAGACUUGAAGCCUGAGAAUUUCUUGUUGGUUAAUAAGGAUGAUGACUUUUCUCUCAAGGCCAUUGAUUUUGGUCUCUCUGUUUUCUUCAAACCAGGCCAAAUAUUCAAGGAUGUAGUUGGAAGUCCAUACUAUGUUGCUCCAGAGGUUCUUCUAAAACAUUAUGGUCCAGAAGCUGAUGUGUGGACUGCUGGUGUUAUUCUCUAUAUUUUACUAAGAUGCUUUUGGGCAGAAACACAACAAGGAAUAUUUGAUGCUGUCUUGAAAGGGGAUGUCGACUUUGAGUCAGACCCAUGGCCUGUUAUAUCCGACAGUGCUAAAGAUCUGAUCAGCAAGAUGUUAUGCUCUAGACCCUCUGAACGCUUGACCGCUCAUGAAGUCUUGCGCCAUCCAUGGAUCUGUGAGAACGGAGUUGCACCAGAUAGAGCACUUGAUCCGGCUGUUCUGUCUCGUCUCAAACAGUUUUCUGCAAUGAAUAAAUUAAAGAAGAUGGCUUUAAAGGUGAUAGCUGAGAGCCUCUCGGAAGAAGAGAUUGCAGGUUUAAGAGCAAUGUUUGAGGCAAUGGAUACCGAUAACAGCGGUGCAAUCACUUUUGAUGAACUCAAAGCUGGAUUGAGAAGAUAUGGCUCAACGUUGAAAGACACUGAGAUCAGAGAUCUUAUGGAAGCGGCUGAUGUUGACAACAGUGGUACAAUAGACUACAGCGAGUUUAUUGCAGCUACUAUCCAUCUGAAUAAACUAGACAGAGAAGAGCAUCUUGUCUCUGCGUUUCAGUACUUUGAUAAAGAUGGAAGUGGUUAUAUUACCAUUGAUGAGCUGCAACAAUCGUGCGUCGAACAUGGGAUGACCGAUGUUUUUCUUGAAGAUGUAAUCAAAGAAGUCGAUCAAGACAAUGAUGGAAGGAUUGACUAUGGAGAAUUUGUUGCGAUGAUGCAAAAGGGAAAUGCUGGUGUUGGGAGACGUACAAUGAAAAAUAGCCUAAACAUCAGCAUGAGAGAUGUGUAG